CGAGGCUUAACCGAUGACAGAGCCUCCCAGGUGCCCCUAGAGGUGUUCCCUUCCCUGCUGAUGGGCCACAUGGAAGUAGUUGGUAAAGCUCUUUGUGGUGGGGUGAGGAGUGUGGUGAAGGUUGUGUCUGGGAUUUGAACAUGAGGAUGAUCCAGUACACUGCCCUGAAGAGCAGCUCAAUGGGGAAGUACAGUAUAGACAGUAAAUUAUGGUUCCCCGCUGAAGUGUCAUUGCCACCCUGGUAUCCUGUGAAUUUUGGCAGAUAGGCCACUACAUUUUCAUCAUGUGUUACAUUUAUCUUUGCUACGGCUGAGGGUCCACACUCCUAAGCAGUCUGUCAGAUGGUGAUGUGGGACAUGAAUGCAGCAGCCACCAGGGGUGCCAGGCAGGAAGCAAGAGGUGCCACUUAAGCUGGCAUGACAAGGAAUUUAAUGUGGAUGGACUGAACAGUCUCCAUAAAUAUUCUCUCAGAUUAGAUUCUGGUAAGUGCUGCGUCGAACAAACAGGCUGUGUCUGGUCAGAUGCUUUAAUGAUUGGCUAAUGGAAUUAACAACCUCUUGGAAAGGUUGAAAACCCUCAUGAGGUAAUAUGCUCGAAUAGAGGGCUAGCUUAUCUAGAUUUUCCUCACAAAACAGUUUGAGGCUUGAUCCAAUACAUGUUGGAAGGGACAGUCAAGGUUUCCAAAUUUCUACAUUUAGAGCAUAGGCACGUUAAGUUUGGGAGAAUUAAAAAAAAAAAAAAAUGAAUGAUACCAAAGCCUAACCUAAGUAAGAGGGGGGAAAUAAGUUGUAAGGUGUCCAUGUAAGUCCCUGGUAAGUCCUUCAAGGUAAAUGGUGUCCAAAUAGAUAGUAACCAGAGUUUGUUUGGAAGGUUUGGAAUCUCAGUCCCAGCUUAACCUCUCUUUAAGCCACAGUUUCUUCAUCUGCAAAAGAAAGAUCUUAGUAACCACUUUAGGGCUAACCAGUGGGCAAGAUUAAAAUGGAAUGAAAUUUCUGGUGGCCUCCUCUAAGCCAUUUUAUGUAUGUGCCUUUCUAGCUGGAGUUGUUUUGCUGCUAGAGGGUCCUUGUGUCUUAACUCACUGGGAAUCAUUUGUGUUGGCUGAGAGUGCAGAUAAAACCUUGUAAAUUAUCAUAUUGAUUGGAGGGACAGUCCAGUUCUUCCCCUUUCAGGGGUCAGAGGUGGGAUUUUUAAAGUUAUGAGAUGACUGGAGUUUGAAAGCCCUUGGACUCGUCCUCUCAUCCUGGAGAGAUGAGAUCCUCUCAUCCUGGACUCGUCCUCUCAUCUCCAGUCCCUCCACAGGAGCAGGCAUCUGGUGAGAGCUGAGCCGGGGUUAAAGGCAAAGUGCAGGCUGGUCCUGAGGGUGGUCACUUCUGGUCAAUUUCAUCUCACACUGCCAUUUACAAUUGAGUUGGGUCCUCAGAUAAUUUUGAAAACUUUUCUAUUUGGCUUCAUACUCACAGGUGAGCCCUUCAUCAUGGCUUGAGGAGGACCCCUACCCAACUUGUUCUGGUUCCGGCAUUUAAGUUCUCAGAUUAAUUUCAUGAUAUGUAGAAUAAAUCAAAGUUAGAAGACUGCAGUGUGAAAUGUCCAAGAAGAUAACAAGGAAAUAGGCAGGCUAUUUCUGAUGCUUGGAAGCUACCCUUUCAGCCACAAAGAUGGUCAUAAAUCUUUGCCUCCCACAGUUCAGACCAAGAAUUUACUGCAACAAGAUAUCAGCUGAUGGUUAUGAAGUAGAAAAUCUCAUCUCUGAAGACCUGACAAAGAGAAGUCAUGGUUUUAGGACAGAGUAUUUCAUUAAGCCACCAGUCUACGUGAUAGUUUCCUUUCCCUUCAGUGUGGAAAUCUGUAGGAUUAACAUAGACCUCACAGCUGGGGGAGGCCAGAAUGUCACCGGCCUGGAAAUGUACACAUCUGCCUUAUCCAGCAGAGCAUCUUGGAAUGCCCCCGAGUGUCGGACCCCGGGCCCCGCCGAGCCGUCCAUCCCAGACAAGGAGGCGUUCACCUUAGUAGGCAAAGUCUUAUUGAAAAACCAGAGCCAAGUGGUGUUUAGUCACAGGGGCUUCAAGGCCAGGCCACCUUUUGGCCCAAUGGACGCCACACUCCCCUCUCCUGCUGUUGUGGCACAGGAGCUCUGGAAUAAAGGGGCUCUUUCCCUUAGCCACGUGGUCCAUCUCAAGAUCUGUAUCACCCACGUGACAGGCAGCGGUAUCCCUUGCAUCAAGCGAUUGGAAGUGUGGGGUCAGCCAGCUAAAACCUGCUCUCAGGAGGUGAUAGACAGUGUCCUGCUGGUUGCCUCAGAGAGCCUCCCUCAGGACUUGACUCUGCAGGCCCCAGCCUUGCCCAUGGAGAGUGACUGUGAUCCCGGAAGCCUGUCUGAGGGCCUGCAGGCCCCCUCCAGCCUGCAGGAGCUAGCCGAGGUGAUUCAGGAUGUGCCUGAGGAGUUCCUGGAUCCCAUCACCCUGGAGAUCAUGCCUUGCCCCAUGCUGCUGCCUUCAGGCAAGGUCAUCGACCAGAGCACGCUGGAAAAGUGUAACCGCAGCGAAGCCGCCUGGGGCCGAGUGCCCAGUGACCCUUUCACGGGGGUAGCCUUUACUCCACACUCCCAGCCCCUGCCUCACCCCUCCCUGAAGGCCCGGAUCGACCAUUUCCUGCUCCAGCACUCCAUUCCGGGCUGCCAUCUGCUUGGGAGAGCACAGACUGCAUUGGCAGUGACACCUUCUUCCAUUGCUCUGCCCUCUCGGAAAAGGAAGAUGGAGCAGACUGAACAUGCCCCGGACAGUAGCCUUGGGGCAAACGCUUCCUGUUUUUCUACCACAAGCCUUCUGGUCUCACCCACUACCUCAGAGCACACCGCUAAGAAAAUGAAAGCUGCCAGUGAACUUGGGCUGACACAUAUGGACUGCUCAACAGGUCCCGUGUCCCACGAGCAGAAGCUGUCACAGAGCUUGGAAGUUGCCUUGACAUCGACUCUUGGCUCCAUGCCCUCCUUCACGGCUCGGCUGACCCGGGGACAGCUCCAACAGCUCGGCACAAGAGAGAGCAGUGCCUCCUGGAGGCCAGGCGCCGCCUCGGAGCAGCCUGGGAGCAUCCCGGGGCCCGAGUGUGCCUCCUGCAAAAGAGCGUUUUCUCCCUACUUCAAAAAGGAGCCUGUGUACCAGCUCCCCUGUGGCCACCUCCUAUGCCGGCCCUGCCUGGGUGAGAAGCAGCGCUCCCUGCCCAUGACGUGCACAGCCUGCCAGAGGCCAUUUGCCAGCCAGGACGUGCUGCGUGUCCACUUCUGAGUGACCGGCCCCAACCUGAGAAGACCUGUCGAUGGGAGGAGCUGAGGGAGUGUGUGUGUGGGGUUGGGCGGCACGAUCCCCUGAAGUCAGGCCAAAUCCCAAGCACAGAGGGGCCCUUUCCUCCCCAGGGGCUUUCCCUUUGCCUCCUUCCAGAGUGUAGCACCCGGUCCAGAGCACAGGGGAGGGGCGCUCCACUCCUGCUCAAGUGGCAAUAGGGUAACAAAGCCAUAGUUUGGGCUGGGAGGGAUAGGGGAUGUAUCCCUGCCCUCCUGUGCCUCCCUGCCACCCCCCUGCCAGAGCCCAGGGCCUGUUAGAGCCAGCCCCACCCUGCCAAGGGCCCCCUGAGUUGUCUGCACACACACCCCAGCCCUGCAGGAUGGACCCGAGUGGAGCAUGAGAGACCAUGGCUUGAGAGCUCAAGGACAGCCUCCGCCCGUGGGGUCACCUAGAGUGUUCCGUGGCUGGAGUCUGCGGUGAGUGACUCAGCCCCCGACUGGCAGACGACUCUGAGCCUUAAUAAAGCGAUGGUUGACGUCUGU